CAACACCCCGACUCACUACUACGUUGUGACCGUCUCUGCUGCUUGCACGUCCAUCGCGUCCAUCGCUUGCCCGCCUGACCGCCCCUUCUUGAGGUCGGCACAUCGCUCGGGUCCAGUCUGCGCACGCACACCUCUUCGUCAAAUUGUCCGGGUGGCACAAUCGAGCUCGGCCAGUGACACGCGUUCCUGGCUGGCCUAACAGUCUGUCCGGACCUUUGACAACGCAAAUUCAUCGGCUGUCAUCGUCCGCUCAUCGGCGAGGGAUACACCUCAAAGUUCCACACGAUCUCAUAGUCAUUGAUCCCUUUAGCCGCAGGAUUCCAAAUCUGCAGCGCGCAUCAUGUCAGGCAAUGUCAAAGUAGUGUCGCGGUUCCGUCCUCCCAACUCCCUCGAGCUGAAGGAGGGUGGGGACAUCGUAGUGGAUUUCGAUGACUCGGAGGGUACCACAGUCAAACUUAGAAAUGGCCCGACUUCAGGUCCGGAAGCCGCCGGCUUCACGUUCGACCGCGUCUUUCCGAUGGGCACUCAUCAACAGGACGUGUUCGAAUACGGUAUCAAAGAGACUGUGGAUGAUGUCCUCAAUGGUUACAAUGGCACCAUCUUUGCCUAUGGUCAGACGGGUUCGGGCAAGACCUUCACCAUGAUGGGAUCUGACAUCGAUAGUGAGGACCUCAAAGGUAUCAUCCCUCGUAUCACCGAACAGAUCUUUACCAAUAUCGCAAUCAGCCCGCCACACUUGGAAUACCUUGUCAAAGUCUCGUACAUGGAGAUUUACAUGGAGCGCAUUCGAGACUUGUUGGCCCCGCAGAAUGACAAUCUGCAGAUUCAUGAAGAGAAGAGUCGAGGCGUCUACAUCAAGGGCUUGUCAGACUACUACGUAUCGGAUCAGUCUGAAGUGUACGAAAUCAUGCGCCAGGGUGGCUUGGCUAGGGCGGUGUCCUCGACAAACAUGAACGCCGAAUCAUCGCGCUCGCACUCAAUCUUUCUGGUGACCAUUCAGCAGAGAAACACCGAGACGGGCUCGCAGAAGUCAGGAAAUUUGUACCUUGUCGACUUGGCAGGCUCAGAGAAGGUUGGCAAGACAGGAGCAUCGGGUCAGACGUUAGAGGAGGCAAAGAAGAUCAACAAGAGUCUCAGUGCUUUGGGAAUGGUCAUCAAUGCUCUAACAGACGGCAAGUCUUCCCACAUUCCUUACAGAGAUUCCAAAUUGACACGUAUCCUUCAGGAAUCGCUUGGAGGUAAUUCGCGCACCACUUUGAUCAUCAAUUGCUCGCCCUGCUACUACAAUCAGGACGAGACCAUAUCAACUCUUCGCUUCGGUGUUCGUGCCAAGUCGAUCAAGAACAAGGCGCGCGUCAAUGCCGAGCUAUCUCCCGCAGAACUCAAGGCUUUGCUCAAAAAGGCGCAGGCCGACGCUGCCCGUCAGCAAGCCUACAUUACUGCUCUGGAGACCGAGGUCAAGCGAUGGCGAAGCGGCGCACAAGUCGCGGAGAGCGAGUGGGCAGAUCUCUCAAAGGUCGUCGUUGGUGCAUCUGCCGGAGAAUCCGGUACCAUUGCACCUGCUUCCGCCUCUCGACCUCCGUCGACUAGACCAAUCACGCCUGCUAUCGAGGCUCUUCGCGAGUCAAGACCAGAAACACCCUCAAGCGGAUCGAUGGACAAGGAUGAGCGGGAUGAGUUCUUGCGGCGCGAGAACGAGUUGGCAGAUCAGGUCACUGAGCGCGAGAACGCUCUCAAGGAGACGCGAGCCAAGCUGCAGGAAGCUGAAGACGAGCUUGCAUUCCUCCGCGAGCGCGAAGCCGAACUCAGCGAAACCAAUAAGACUUAUGCCAAAGACUCGGAAGAGCUCAAGCUUGCCCAUGACAGGCUCAUUUACGAACACAAGGAGACCACGAUCAGUGUGGACAUUUUGAAAGAGCAGAUUCAGGACCUGCACACAGAAAUCGAGGAUCUCCGCAGGAGCGCCAACGAGCCUGGACGCAGUGCUACUGGUGUCGGGCAGAGUGCCGAUCCCGCUCAAGCGGACAGGGAUCGGAAGAAAGCAGAGCUUGUGGGUCAGAUGAUGGAGGGCUACACUGCGGGUGCUUUCACAGCUCUAGAGCAACAGGUGCGGGAGUCUCUUUCCAAGCUGGACCUGGUCGCUGGCGAUAAGGGAAAUUUAUCCUCUGAAGACAUUGCAAAGAUCAAAGGGCUGUUCGACGAUUCGCAAUCAGUGGCUCGCGAGAAUACCGAGCGUGCGCAGCAGGCAGAGGAGCAGAACAAACUCCUCGCACAAAGCAGAGACGAGCUGGAGGACCGCUUUGCAAAACUCGAAGCCGAGUACGAUGAAUUGCUCGACAAGACGAUGCAGAACGAUGAGACGAACGCAACUGGCUACAAUGACGCUGCCCAAGAGGUUCGUCUGAAGCUGGAGGCGCAGUAUGCCAGCAAGAGGGAGGCACACCUAGGCGAGAUUGCGGAUCUUAAACGACAACUCGAGCUUCGCGCCAACGAGAAAGCCAAAUUGCAGAACAAUCACGAGGUGCUGCGCUCCGCGUAUGACGAGCUCAAGCGCGCUCUGGCUGUCACUUCCGCCGCUGCAGAUGGAGGCAAGAAUCUGGCUGAGGAAGCUCGCGAGAUGGAGAGAGUGCGUCGCUCGAUGACCACGCAGUUGGCAGAGUUCGACAACAUGCGUAAGAACUUGAUGCGUGACCUGCAGAAUCGCUGCGAGAAGGUUGUUGAGCUCGAGCUUGCCCUUGACACGACGCGCGAGCACUCCAACAAUUUGAUUCGCAACUCCAACGUCAAGUCUCAGGCGAAGAAGAUGGCGCACCUGGAGCACAACCUCAACAAUCUCGUUCGCGUUCAGAAGAGCUUGGUUGACCAGAACACACAGCUUAAGAAAGACAUCAACGCCAGCACAAAGAAGCUGAUGAACAGACAGGAUCGCAUCGCACAAUUGGAGCAACAAUUCGCCGAGGCUCAGGCGGAUCUAAAGCGAGCCAACGAAAGAUUCGACGACCAAGUUGCCAACCUCAAGCAAGCCAUGAGUCACAGACAGGCAAAACCUGCAGGAGCUCAGACUGGGGCAGCUCUUGGCUUUGGCCGCAUCGCGAAACCUAUCCGCGGUGGUGGGCCUAUUGGACAGCCGGGACCCCAACCUGGACCUGGCGCAGCUGCCCAAGGACUUCGUCAUCCGGGUAUUGCGAGCGCGCAAGCCCAGUCUAUCGACUCGAGCUCGCCAAAGGCUAGAUCCAGCUGGUUCUUCUCGGCCACGAAAUAGACGCCCGCACUGUUCCGCUCUUUAUCUCCGAUGGCUACAUUUUCCGAUUGUUGGCAGCUUGAUAAAUUGCGACCUCCCAAACGCUUGUUUGUGUUGUCUGCGAGACCAUUCUGAUCGCUCGCAAGUUCAAGAGUCGACUGCUUCCGCGUUUCAAUGGCAUACCCUGUCGACCGAGAC